AUGUCGAAGGCAGAACAAGUCUUGAAGCUUGAGCCAGCUUCAGAAUUGCGCUUUCGGGGUAUUUUGUGAUUGUCUAUUCUGUUGUCGAUCAUUGUCUAAGUCAAUCCAGACGUGCUUUCAGUUAUUUAACUAAAAAUGCUUUCACCUGGUUAUCACAGGAUCUUUUACAAAAGUCGUCACAGCAAAUCUUAAACUGACGAAUCCUACGGAAAAGAAAGUAUGCUUCAAAGUAAAAACUACGGCUCCAAAAAGAUACUGUGUUCGUCCAAACAGUGGAUUUGUAGAACCUACUGGAGUUGUAGAAGUGGCCGGUAAGUUGUUUAUCUAAUUUAGCCAGUUCAAACUUCAGUUAUCAUCUUAAAAAGUUUUGUAGGGAAAACUGAAUUUUCUUUCCACCUGGUUGCGUGGCAGUGUAUGUUUUACUGCGGUGUAUAUUCUCAUACAAUUUUUUGUUAAUGAAUUUAAAAGACUUGUUCCAACACGCCUUCAGUUUGCUCUACCUUUUAUAUGAAGGUAUGGGGUAAGCUCGUCAUAUGUUAUUUUGAAUUACAAUCACAAAGUCACAAUAGCAAACUUGGUAAAAUAUGAGGAAAGACUUGCAACCUCUCUGAGAAUUUCUACAGAGACUGCAACUUCAUUUUAUUUUACUUUUUAUUUACAGUUAUGCUUCAGCCAUUUGAGUAUGAUCCAAAAGAAAAGAGUAAACACAAAUUCAUGGUUCAGACGAUGUUUGCCCCAGAAGGACAAAUUGAUCAUGAGACAUUGGUACGUGGUGGUUGUUAUUUCUUAACACUUUGAAAUUAAAGCUAGUUAACUGAAAAAAAAAAUUGUGAAAUUUUGGGGUUUUUCUUGAAAGGCAGGCAUCAGGCUGAUUUAGCAACAGAACAGGAAUGUUAGUUGAUGAUGGUGUGUGCAAAUGAAACUACUGGCUUGACCAAUGGUAGAGCGGCAAAUUGGGAACUGGAAGUGGAGUUUAUUCUUUUCUUUGCGCUUUCCCGUCGUCAAAUGACGUUCCUAUUGUGUUGCUAAAUCAGCCUAUUUACAGGAGGCAGUCACUUCUUCAACAUCCUGUGCAGUAGUCAUCUUCAGAGUCAAAGUGAGUUGUAUCUCAUCAGUUGAUGUUAAUAUACUCUGGUUAUUGACCUGAUUGGGUAAUUAAGUCAUUUGACAUACAUGUACUUAACACCUUCUUUGACUUGGUUAAUCCUCAUUUCUUUUUCCUACAUUAUUCCCCCCACAAAAGGGGGAUGCAUGAGCAAAAGUCUUGUCUUACUGCCCAUUUGUAUAGGUUACCUAGAAAGUUGUCUGCAUCCUGUUAGUCUUCUUUUUUGAUAGGUCAUUUUGACAAAGACAAGAGUGACAAAGUGGAUGUUAGUUCAUUUGUAGUAUUAGAGCCCUGUCCUUUUCUUGUGUCUCUAACUUUGAAAGUUAUAAUUUUUUGUAAGCUAUUACCUCUCAAGUUAUAACCAGCCAAAAAAUGGGUUGUGUGUGACCAAAAUAAGUUUGACAGGAAAACGUUACUAGGGAUAACCCAUUAUGUCAAGUCAUUCACACCCUAACACAAUAUGCCAUGUACAUGUAAGAAUAUUGAAGACAUUUAGCGCUAUCUUGCAUACAUGUAAUACAAUGUAACUCUUUGGCUUUGCCUACCUUUUUUUGCAGUACAGUGAAACCUCUAGUAAGUGGACACUAAGCCGGGCGUGCAAUUAAUGUGUUAUGUUUCCCUUUAUAAUGAACCCCUAUUCAGCGUACACCUCUAUUAAGUGGACACCGGACUGAAUUGACAAUAGUAGUAUUGGAUUACAUCCUUGAAAUGUGUAGUGUAGUCGAGUAAUAAAGAUAAAUCAAUACAUUUAGCUGUCGAUGAACUGUAGAUUAGACUGAUAUCCUGCCACAUGAUUGUCAUCCAAGUUCAAGUCUUGCACAAAGUACAGCACAGCUUCCUUAAGAGCAUGGAACUCUAUCACAGUACAGAGUAACUGUUGAAUGUUAAUCGGUAACAAACAUUGCACAAUUUUUACAAACCUCUAUUAAGCGGACACCAUCUAUUAAGCGGACACUUGGGAAGGUCCUGAAGGUGUCAGCUUAAUAGAGGUUUCACUGUAUUCAAUAUCCUGACGUUUUAUGAAAUCGCUUCUCGUCCAUAUGCCUACAGUCAUGUCCAAUACUCCUACACUGUUGUAGACCGUUAAGGGCAGUUGACGGAUCGUACAAACCGUCAGCACUUUAACUGUCCAUAUUGUGAGUGCAUACGAAGGGUACAUCUCAUUAUUACAUUGGGGCACAGGGUGUUACGGUCCCGUACGAGGAUCGUAAUGGUCAAUGCUUCAUUGAUACGGAUCCUUCUUUAAACCAUAAAGCAAAACAAGAGUGCUCCGGCAGUUAUAUUCCUCGUUGUUUUAAAAGAAGUACGUUCCAAAUGUAAUAUUCCUCAUUCUAUAAGCCAUAAAGCAAAACAAGUGCACUUCAAAUUUAAUAUUCCUCAUUCCAUAAGCCAUAAAUCUAGAGAAGCACAUUCCAAAUGUAAUAUUCCUUGUUCUUUAAGCCCUAAACCAAAAUAAACAUUUUGUCAAAUGUAAUAUUCCUUGCUGUAUAAGUCAUAAACCAAAAUAAGCACACUUCCAAUUUAUGUAACAUUCCUAGCUCUAUAAACUAAGCAAGAACAAGCACACCCUAUCACCAAUGAAGCCUGCUCUAAAUGGCCAUAAACGGAGUGACUACAGCUCUUAACAGACCAUACAUGAGUUUUGCAAUCCGUAAAAUCUGUAUAGAUGGACAAACCAUGUAUACCUUCUCACGUAGCCAUGAAAAUUUGCUAAGUCCCACUAAUGAGGUGCAAUUUAUAGACUGUAAACAGCUGUUUACAGACCGUGUAUGAGUUUUGUGAUCUGUGCAAUCCAUACGGAUUGACGCACUGUAUAUACCCUAUUUUAACAUGAAAAUAUUCCUAGUCCCACUAAUGAGAUGCAAUUUUUGGACUGGACUGUACUUGAGAUUUGCGAUCUGUACGAUUGGUAUGGAUCAUAACGUGGUGUAUAUGGACCAUUACAGUGCAGGUAUAUUGGACAACCCUCUAUGCCUACAGUACCUUUUAAUGUUAUUGGGCAAUGAGAUGGGACAUCUUAAAGUCUACCUCAGUGAUAAUUAUGGUAUAUAAUGUGACCAUUUAACACAAUAUUCAUGUAGUUUAGAAUAGUUCUCCAAAAUCGCACCCUCACUCUAUUAUCAAAAUGAUACAAAACAAAGUUAAUUAUGAAAGUCUUAAAUCUGUUCAUGACACUCACUCUAGACAUUGCAAAUCAGUGAAAAUUUUUAGUGAAGCACAAAUUGGCUGCUGCAACCUAUUUUCAUGGCCAGUAGUUUUGAAGAUUAAUGGCGGAUAAAUAACAAUUUUAUUAUUCACUGUAGUAGAGGUGGCUAGUGGUGUAUAUUUAUAAAGCCGUGAAGCAGUGAUAUAAUUGAACACAAAAAGGUCAUUUUUAACACAUUAAUUGCUGCAACAAUUACAAUUUUGGCAUGCAAAUGCCCUCUCGGCCAUCACGUUUUCUGCCAACAAAUACAACAUUUGAAGGCCUUUGUUUAGCUUUUGCAGGGACAUUUCUUCCAAAUGAAUUGGGAAUUCUUUCUGUAUUUGAAACCAUUCUGAUUAAAACACCAUUUGAUUUAGUUUCAAGCUUAUUCAUGAACAUGUUUGGCAUUACUUGUUGCUUAAGCGUGAGGUGAAUCAGUGAAUAGCACUAGAUAUCCUGAGUUUGAGUAGCCAAUCAGAGCAUGCGAAAAACACUGUUUCAGUAUAUACUUGGUUGGACAGUGUUCAGGGAAAGAACAUCAUGCUAUAUCAACAUUAAUUCUAGAUGAUUAAAUGUAUAUUGUGUCAAACUAAACAUGUAUAUGUAUAUGUAAUAAAGGUAAUCAAGAAUGGUACUUGAAACACACGUAUGGCAAGCAGUUUUUGUCCCUGUGUUUUUAAACAAGUUAAUGCUCAUGGCCGAUAAACUGUUCUGAAUUCAGCAGUAUCAUCGUUCUUAUUUUAAUUUAACAGUGGAAAGAGGCGGACCAAAGUGCAUUUAUGGAUUCUAAGCUGAAAUGUGUCUUUGAUUAUGUGGAUGAGAGUGAAGCACCUGUAGACAGUAGUAUGGGAGGAAAUGUAAGUGGUCAAUUUUAGUCUUGUUACAUGUAAGUUAUGAAUAUGUUUUUAGGAACUGCUUGAUCACCUGUUGGUAGCUGCCCCUUUAAAAAGUGAUGAAGGUGCUCACAGUAUUUGGAGGAAAAAUUGGUCAGUUGGUACUGCUUGAGUUCUUGAGGUAUCUUUUAUGGCUGAAAAGGCUGAAAAAAUGAUUGACUGGUUAUUUUUUGAUGAAAUUAUGAAUAUAUGAAAAUCAUAUAUGAGAAUUCCUUGGGUACCAGAGGUUUUUUCUCACAUGGGAUGAGGAGCUUCAUUGGCCGCACGAGCGGUGAAGCCACGAGAAAAAACCUCUGGUGCAGAGCGCCUUGAUUUACCAUGCUGGAUGGACCUUGACCUUGUCUCUAAUCUGUCAAUCAAAUCAGUGGUCACAAGCUAAUUCAAAAGUAAUUACCAAGGGAGGAACAACAUGCUGCAGCGCAAAGAGUCACACUAUCUCCAGAAUAACAAGCUUGAGUUUUAAUAGAAAUCAUUGCUUAAACAGAAAUCUUGUCACAGUACAGUUCUCCUUAAUUUAUGUAGCUUUAUUAUAAGCUGCAAUCCAUUCUUCCAAAUUUGGAUCUGUUUAUCACUAAGGAGAAACAAACAUCCUGCAAAAACUACUAACGAACGGGGCCCAGCGUGACAUAACAUUGCAGAAACUUUCACAUUUACGGACAAAAGAAAACCGCUUUUAGUCAUUCAAAUCCAGAAAACACAAAAGUUUUUUUUAGCUGCAAAUGAAGAUGUUUAUGUUUCAAGAGGCUAAGAAAAAUGGUCUUGACUCGCAUCAGAGGGAAAAUCAUGUUGACCAGAAAUAAACCGCAGAACAUCAAUAUGCCUGUCACGACCUCUCAGUAUGAAACAAGGGGCAAAAAUAAUACACAUUUGGUCAGUCGUAAUCUGUUCGAAUGACUUCGGUUAUAGCCUGGUCUAAAUCUUCCGUUCAUACAGGCAUCUGAUUUUUCUUCCAAAAAGCGAAAAUGUACGUGAUAUGUGGCUUGGAUUGUUUCAAACCACCCGUGUCCCUAUCAUGCGCCUAUUGUGAUUGAAAUCCAAUAAGAGCGUUUGAAACAUUCGAUAUCUCAAAGAAACCAAUCAGCUAAACAUCCAGAUUCUGGAUGUUUUGGUAUAAGCGGGGUUGUUAUUGGCUCCGCGCUAUCAAAGGGAUUGCGCCCUGGUCUUGACACUUUUCACGCAGGUCACUUUGUAAGACUUAACUGAAUCCGGAAACUGUGCAUGAAAAGCCUCUGGCACCCAGGGUAAUAUGAGAACUGUGGGGUGAAGAAUUAUAUGAAAGAAGAUCAUUGCAGUUAUAGACAGAACUUUUGCAGUUGCAAAAAGAAAGCCUGAAAAAAAUUCAGACUUAUACAGGAUUUGAACCCUUUUACCUCUGGGAUGCCGGUGCAGCGCUCUACCGAUUGAUCUAAUAAUAAGCCAACUGGGAGCAGGUUGUUGAAUUGGUUCAUAUUAAACCCGUGAAAGAAUGAUGAUGAAAUGAAAUUAUGUAUUUUAUGUUAUGCAUAGCUCAAGUGUCAAAAUUUGGUGCAUAUAAAGAACUCAUCAUCUUUAACAUUUGAAAGUAUAAAUAUUGUGUCCAUAAGUAACAUGAUAUGUCACGUGACCAUUUUUCGCAAAAUCUGUAAUAAUUGACAAAUUAUUGGUGGCUGGUUUAAGAAAAGAUAUCAAGCAAUAACCUUCAGUUGCAUUUAAUGCUUUUAAGUUUAAAGAAAGUGACCUUUCUCAUCCACCAAUGCAUCUAUAAGAACUGACCUAUAACUUUAGAAUUCACAUGAGCUUUUCAGUAUUAUUAUUGCAAAUUUGACAGUUUUAUGUUGCAAGUCAAUUAGGAGGGCCAAUAGAACAUGGUUCAUAUCAGAAUAUCAGAAGAGAACUUCUAGUUGCAGUAACCUUAUGACUAAGGAUAACAGCUAUUUCUUGAAUUAUUGAUGAUACCUCAUUGGUUAAAAAGCAGUUUUGACUCAGUUUCCUACUUGUAUGAUGACUAUUCAGUCCUAAUGCUUCAUACCCAGUUUUGAAGUGUGUGUGGAAAAUGUGGGCAUAAUAAAGGCCAGCUUUAACCAUACUGUUUCAUAACUCUGACCUAGAUAUUACACUGAAAAGGUAAAGAAAAGAUAAUUCAAGUCAAUGUUAUUCCUAAUUAGGUAAUUGCUGGACAGAUCUUUGAAAGAAGUGCAAGAAAAUGUAAACAACUCACUUUCAUGGAGCAUAAGGAAAGGAAGAACAGCCCUUAGCAACUGUUGCCACUGAAAAGCCUCGUUUUUGUGUAUACGUAUACUUUAGUAUACAACCAAACAAAUCCCUAGCUAGCUUUUUUAUUCCCUACCUACAUGUACUUUUCGUAUUCAUCUGGUAACUUAAAUAUAAGUGUCAGCCCUGAAAUAUUGAAUUGUCUUAAGUGUUUUUUUACUGAAUUUUAGUGAUACAUAUAAUAAUAUUAAGUCUGUGUAUUGGCAGGCAUAAGAAUUAAAAAUCCUUUUUAAUGGAUAACAUGUACAAUUUUGUUUAGAAACAUACUUGUAAUUUCAACGUGCAUCUUCUCCAUCUAGUUUUACAUACGUUCAGUCACAUUCGUGUGGUACUAAUGAAAAGAAUUUAUUUGCAUUAUUCUUGUGUCAUUUUUCUCUCUUAGGCCACAAUGUAAGGAGAAAUCAGUCCCCUACCUUAAUUUCAACUUGUAGCCUGUUAACUACACAAUGUUGUGCAGGCACCACUGGUAAUUUAAAGAAAAACGCUAAUUAAAUUAUUUAUUUUUACAUGGCAGGAAAAUGAAUCUUUGAACAACAGAGAAGUACCUCUUCCUUCAAAGAUAUCUAAGGUAGAACCAGCACCAGUCGACAGUGGUACUAGUAACAUCAAGACAGCUUCUUCACAUAAUCGAAAUGGUUCUUAUCCUGAACCAGGAGUGGAAGCUUCCACAUCAACAAGAUCUUUGCAGGUACUUAUAUAUAUACUUAUACUUAUAUUUUGUGAAGAACUCAAGCUUACAGAAGCAUAAGAAAGAUUGAUGCAAAAGAUGUCGCCCUUUUCCCGAACGGGUUGGUCCACGAAUUCUAUCCCUUGAAUCCCUUGAAGGCGUUGAUUACUUUAUAGCACAUGAAUACUUUAGUAGUCGAAAAAAAGAAGAAUCUUUAUGAGCAAAACUUCAAUCUCGAGGCUAACUGCUGGUCAGGUGUUGUGAACUUUCAUUGUUUGCAAAUUUAGUCUUGUGAUAAGCAUGUGGUUUAUUUUUCUGGUGAUAAUUGAAAUAAUAGGCCAAGUUUUAUUGAGGCCCUUGAUUUUCGUGUACUUGUGCAUGCGUACAGAAAGAAAUUGUCGAAUACGAUAUAAAUGUAAAUAUCCUGAAUCCUGCUUUGUGUAGAAUUAAUCGCCUCCUCAUUUCGUAUAUAAUCUUCAAGCAAGUGAGACUUAAAAUUUCUAAAAAGCUUUCUUGUUAUUCCAUCAUGUUAUGAAUAAUAAACUAGUGUACUGGAUUAAUGAGGUUAACUUAUCUCUCUCUUGGUCAUUAAUAAGUUUUUUGUAUUGUUAGUAAUGUUAAAUGUCUUCUGUUAAUUCACCACAGGCUGAUGAAAGAAGAACCAUAAAUGAGGAAUUAGAAAAACUGAAAAAUGAAAACACUGUUCUUAUGGUAUGUAUUACAUUGUAUGGUCAUAUCUUUGCAAAGGCACAAAUUCAGUGAUUCUUGGGGGGCUGUCAUUCCUCGCUGUUUAGUAGGCCGUUUCUGAGUUGAAGUAAACCUCAACACAAGGCUACUGUAAGUUUGUAGUCUUUGCUAAUGUAAAACAUUUUCAAGGUUUCACACUUGACAUCUUUUUGGUGGCAGGGAAUUCUGGAACUCUAUUCUGGAAAAGGUCAGAUAAUCGUCAUUUAGUCGGGCUUUCCUAGGGAAUGGGAUGGUGAUAUAGGAUGGAAAGUGAACAAUGUUUGGCCUUCAGUCAGAAACUAUUGUGAAAGUUAAGAAGUGCAAAGAAAAAGUUAAUAUGUAAACAUCUUUAAAAAAACUACAAAGUAAGAAACAACUGUAAAAUAAUACGUACAUUUUUACGUGUGAGAUUAUAAUAACAAUUAUUAUAAUAAUAUGGGGCUCAAUAAAGUCCUGUCCAGUAGUCCGGGACAAGUAGAUUUUCUUGCUGGGCAGGUAACUUUUAAAGCUCGCUUGCUCAAUGGUCAAGGGUCCAGGUAAGUCAUCCUCUAAUAAAAUCAUUAUCCAAGAUGAGCAAGAAAUGGUCCUGGGCAAGCGAAAUGUGAAAGCUGCUUGCCCGAAGGACAGGCUGGAAUUCAAGUUUCUAUUUUGAAUCCCGUAAUAGGCCUUAAUAUAACAAUUAUUAAUUUCUUGAAAAAGAUAAGACUAUGAUUUCUUUGUACGUACUGUUGAAAACUGAUUUUUAGAUAGGAAGCUUCAUGAUUUUAAUUUGUGCUUUGUGCUAAAAGUCUAUACUACCCACUGGACUUGGGGGAUAAGAAGCAUCACUGGUUCUUUGACCCCCAAAUAUUUCGAUAACGCUUUGAUAGAUUUCGCUCAAACUUUGCGAACAUCGAGGCGGUUAUUGGAGCUCCCUUGAAUCAUUUUGGAAGAACAGUUCCCAGUACCGAGAAACAUAGCCUCCCACGCAGGGUUUCUUAGGGGAGCUCGUUUUUCAUCCCUCCCCACAAACGCCUGCUCAACCGAAGACAACAUUCCCUUCCCAUGCUUAGCCAACCACAUUGUACUUUCCAUAUUCUGGAAAGUUGACCUUGACCACAAGGUAAUCUGAUAAUUACUCGAUCUGCAUUAAACACUGGGAAAGCUUUCUGACCUCUUAUAAAUGUUAGAUUCAGAGCGGCAAAAAUAAGAUUUAGUCAAAUUUUAGAAUACUCCAUGCACUGCAUAACCUUAGCGAAGGAAAGAAAAGAAGGGAAACGGUGACUCUAGGGUCACGUUUUAGUCGCGUUUAGCCUGUCAACACUUUAUUGCACAACUGUUAAUUGCUCACUUACCACUCAAAUAAAACAAUGGGAAAGGAAUGUUGUUUUCGGUUGAGCAGGCGUUUGUGGGAAGGGAUGAAAAACGAGCUCCCCUAAAAACGUCUGCGUGGGAGGCUACGAGAAACACGGCUGUUAGUAAAAUAGGUAAUGGCGUCAUUUCGUUGCUAUGACAACUCCGAUGUUAUUGUAACCCUGAUCAUAACAAAUUUUCAUCUUUUAUCUUACAGUGAUGUAACACGGGACGAUUUGCAACGACGAGUUUUAGCGGAACGCAGCAUUACAGUAUUGUCUCGACUGGCUGCCACAUUGUUCCAACAUUGCUAAGCAGUUUUGCGCUCAAAAUCGUCGUUGCGAAUCGUUCUGUGUAACGUCACUUUUAUACAGCUAUGGUGGUAAUUUUUUAUGCUGAAACUUGGGAGAUAUUGAUCCAGAAGAACCCUAUUGAGCCACCUCAAUAGCGAUCGAGUUUGAACAAAAUGUGUUAAUUGUUUUGUUUCUUGUUAAUUUGCCAGGAGGAGACGUUAAGACUUAGGAAGAAUGUGACGCAGCUUCCUUCGCCAGCUGAGGCGUCUUCAGCUAGUGUGACUACAGUGCCGUCACCACAGCAGCAGCAGCAGCAGACAGCGGCAGCGAAUAUGCCACCUGUGGCAAUAGCCUAUCUUGUCAUAGCAUUGAUAUGUGGAAUAAUUAUUGGUAAAUUUCUCUUGUAAAAGACAGUGGCUCUUAGAGUUAUUUUAACGUGACAAUUUUAGAUCCUAAUAAACAGAUGUUGAAAGGCGUUUUUCCAUCAACCAACAGCAAUGUCCUUGAGGUGCAGCAACGUUUGCUUUGAAAAGUGUUCAACACAAUGAUUCACCUUGGAAAUAUAUAUAUAUUAUCAUUUUUCCCCUCCUAAUUCGACUCUUUUUACUUUCAAACGCUUUUGUGAUCUCAUCAGUGAUGUAACCACAGGACUCAGACUUGGAAGUGAAAACUAAUUACAA